CUCUUUUGUUUCUCACACAAGCCAUGCUUUCCGCCACGACGCGAUUUUCGCCUGCUACUUCGGCCAAGGCAGCCACGACGGCCACUGCGUACUGCGCCCAGUCGAUGAAGCUGUCGACCAGCGCUGCGGCUGCUGCAACGGCGACCGUCAAAGUGCCGCCGAUGCCCAAGAUCAAGGACGGCUUCAAGCCUGCGCCGUACACUGGCUUGACGUUUGAGCAGGCGAGCGACCUCCGCAAGCGCCACGUCGGUCCUGCCACAGUCACCUACUACAAGAAGCCACUCAUGAUCCAGCAGGGUCACAUGCAAUGGCUGUUCGACGACAAGAACAACCGCUAUCUGGACAUGUUUGCAGGCAUCGUCACGGUCAGCGUUGGCCAUUGCCAUCCCCACGUCCUGAAGGCCGCCGAGGACCAGCUCAAGAAGCUCUGGCACACCACCAACAUUUACCUCCACCCCACCAUUCACGAGUAUGCCGCCAAGCUGACGUCCAAGAUGCCCGGCAACUUGAAGGUGGCGUACUUUGUCAACUCGGGUUCGGAGGCGAACGAUCUCGCCAUGCUCAUGUCGCGCCUGUACACGGGCAACUUUGACAUUCUGUCGCUUCGCAACGGCUACCACGGCAUGAGCCCUUACACCAUGGGCCUGACCAGCCUCAGCAACUGGAAGUACAACCUGGCCAACGGCUUUGGCGUUCAUCCCAUCGUCAACCCCGAUCCUUACCGUGGCCCGUGGGGUGGCCCGAACUGCCGCGAUUCUCCCUGCACCGUUGGCAAGCGCGCUGGCGAGAACACGUGCACGUGCGGUGGCAAGGAUUGCAAGGCUGCUCUGCAGUACGCCGAUCAAAUCAAGGAUCACAUCAUCCACGCCACUCACGGCAAGGUUGCCGGCUUCUUUGCCGAGUCCAUCCAGGGCGUCGGCGGCACGGUGCAAUUCCCGAACGGAUACCUCAAGAAGGCAUACGAAAUUGUUCGUGAGCGUGGCGGUGUUUGCAUUGCUGAUGAGGUCCAGACUGGUUUCGGUCGUCUUGGCUCGCACUUCUGGGGCUUUGAGACGCAUGGUGUCAUUCCCGAUAUCGUUACCAUGGCGAAGGGCAUUGGCAAUGGCUGGCCGCUCGCUGCCGUCGUCACCACUCCCGAGAUCGCCAAGACGCUUGCCCAGAAGCUGACCUUCAACACGUACGGUGGCAACCCCGUUGCUUGCGCUGUUGGCAAGGCGACCCUCGAGGUCAUGGAGCAAGAGAACACUCAAGAAAACUCCAAGGUGGUUGGCACCCACUUGCUCCAGCUGCUCGACGGCAUUCGUCAGCGCCACCCGCAGAUUGUGGGCGACGUCCGUGGCAAGGGUUUGAUGAUUGGCGUCGAGUUUGUUCACGAGCAAGACCCCAACCGUCCCGCCUCCCAAGUGUGCGCCGACGUGUUCGAGAUGGCCCGUGACCGCGGUGUGCUUCUUGGCAAGGGUGGACUCUACGGCAACGUCCUUCGCAUCAAGCCGCCCAUGAUUGUGACGCGCGAAGACGUCGAGUUUGCUGCCGCCGUCAUUGAGGAAGCCAUCCAAAAGCUCGGCUACUAACGAAUUUACCGAUGCGUGCUAGUUCUAGUGUUGCAUUUCCAACAACAACAACAACACCAACUGCUACA